AGUAUCUUGGUCAUUCUAUGUCUGGUGGUUGGGGAUUUCACAAGGCUCACGUUUCAACACUUUGAGGAAGUGGCCAGGGCAAAACAGGAACCCCAGUAUUGUGAUCUCUCUGAGGCCAAGACUAACAGAUACAGACAUAGACAUUCUAGGCAAUCUGAACAGGGGAAAGGCUUGGAGCAACACCCACACACUGUUUGGGAAAUUGGACGAAAUCCUUCCAAUACUGAUACAGGUCUUCCUAUCUCAAGUGACCGCAGAGAACUAGAAACAGAGGGGAAAAACUAAACUUUUGGCGUCUCUUCAAAAUGUGCAUCUGGAUGGUUGGAGUUCUGUAUGUCCUGAUGUGUUUGGGAAAUCAUCAGGCUCAAGGUAAGGGUAUUUAAUUAACAAAACAUUUAAAUACCAAUACCACGAUACUGUUGAAAGUACAUUUUUCAUGUUAGAAGUUAGAAAUGUCAUGAUAGAAAUUCCUGUUGUCAUUCACGUCUUUUCUCAUCAACAUUGUAUAUCAAUGUAUUUUAAGCAGGCUAUAUCAAGGUAUUGCAAAUCAAUACAUAAGUCAGUUGCCUAUUUUCUUCUUUGAUGUCAGAUUGAGCCUUACUCUACAUUCCCCUAUGUAAUUUAGCAGCCAACACAGCCAUCUCCAUGCCGGACAGAGUCAGGGUGACUCUGGCAGGAGAAACGCUCCAUUUCAUACUCAAAGUGACCAUCCCAAUGAAUCAGAACUCAAGUGACUUAGUCUGCUCUGGGCCUCCAGACCAAAAGGAGAUACAAAGAUGGCCACUCCCCUUUUCUCAAACAACUAAAGACCCAUUGACUUUGACAAUAACAGCACGUAACAGUUCAUACUCAGGAGAGUAUAACUGCAAGUAUAAAAAUGCAGAGAUCUUCUGGACUCUUCUGGUGAAAGGUGAGUGUGUGAUGGGAAACAGAACAUGAAGGGAUGAUAGAUAAAUAACAGUUAGUGAAACUUCUGUUAUCCUGUUGAGUAACAGGAACUGUUGACAUGAUAGUGGGACUUUUUUCGGUACAAAUACUUUAGAUGUCGGAUGUAUGUCGGAUGUAUGCCACCAUCAACAACAAGCAUGAUUGUCAUCAUGAAAAUAAAAAGUCCUCUAACUCUUUUUUUUUCACUUGACAAUAAUCUACUUCCUACCAAAUGUUUUCAGCCAUUGAUUGACACUGGACAACCUCUAAUGGUAUUAUGUUUAUUUUCUCUGUUUCUGUAUCUCUGUGUCGCUGUGUCUCUGUGUCUCUGUGUCUCUGUCUUUGUCUGUCUUUCAGACGAGGGGUACCGACAGCCUUACUCAGAUUUCAUCGUGUUGGGGGCUCUUACCACAGGCCUCCUCAUCUUCAGUGUGAUCGGGUCCAUAUAUGUGUUUAAAAGCCAAUGGGUAAGAGAUUUGAGAAAGGUUUGGUGGAGGUUUUGAAACACUGUAUAUUUUUGUACCCUUCUUUUGUGGUUGGUUUGUUGUCAUUGUAUCAGUCUGUGUGUUUGUUAACUUGUGAUUUCCAGGGUCAAUUUACAUUGAAGAAUGGAAGUACCGGUAGUGGAGUAAGCAGAAGGAAUAGAGGAGAGAAUGAAGAGGAGGAGGACAGUAAAAUUAAUGCAGCUGCCUCUGCUUCAGUUUACGCUGUAAGCAUGUCUCUCUAUCUCCAUUGACUUGCUGAAACUAUACCACAUUGAUUUUUAUGACUUGAACUCAAAGAUCCACCUUGACACAUGGGGGUACUGUGUGGGGGUAAUCAAAGAAAUAUCAUCAACAAAGAUUCACUGUUUUGAUUAACUUUCACAUCCACUGUAGGCCACUAUGUCAACUAAAAUAAUGAAUGUGUCUCACCUGGAACUGCCUCCUCUCUCAGAGUCUAGAGUCUCGGCCAGCAUCUGUCUAUGAGGUCUUGGCCCCAGGAGCAGCAGCAGCAGUAAACCGUGAAUCUGUCCAGAGGAAAGAAAAAGUGAAGAGAAAGAAGUCAAAGGAAUCGGUCAGUGUGAACAUACACUAACCAGGACUACAGGGAAAUAUAAAUGACUAAAGCCUUGGUUUUGUCAUUCCAGAUAUAUUCUAUUUUAUUCUAUUCUAUUUUCUCCAAAAUAGAUAUGAAUAGACCUAUAGCUACCAAUAAUGUUGAUAAAGAGCUGUUCGAGUUCAUGCGGAUGCUACUGUCCUGACCUCUCUCCCACUCUCCUCCUACAGAUGGAGGACGCAACGCCACAAGGAGAUGUAAUAUUUGAAUGCGUCUAUGAGAAUUUCUGACCUACUGACAUCUGUACUGUGUUUGGGCAUCUAUAUGCCUCUAUUUUCCUGCCUUUGCAAUCUCUCUUGUUCUUUUAUACAACCCUAAAAUCAUGCAUGUAUCUUACCCUGCAGCUUCAUGACUUCUGUUGAAAAUAAACUGCUGUGUCUCUGGUUGUUAUCAUCACGGAAUGUCUCUAGUUAUUUUGUCUAAUUGACUAAGUUUGAAUGAACGGAUAUCUAACCACAAGUGAGUCCACCUGCAAUAUGUCAGAUUUAUUUUAGCUGGAAAUGUUGCAAACUGAUCCCCUCUACUCCCAAGUCCCACCCUAAUACGAUUGUAUCCAAUGAGACUAUUAGGCUAUUUUGAGUAAGAACCAAUCGAAACACGUCUCCCAUUUCUACUUCCUGGUUUGGUUUAUUUACUUUUUGUUGAACAUGGCAGCGGAGGGUGACUUUCUGAUGAGAUAUCGUGCUGUAUCAAAUAAAUUGAAAAAGUACGAUUUUUUUUUUACGUUCUUGACUUUGUUCUAGGUAUCCAUUCGACUGAAUGUGUAAUGCAUGAUAGUCUAAUCAUUAGAAUUGCGAGCCAGGUUGCCUGGAUUUCACAGCUAGCUAGCUAACUGUAGUCAGUGUCAUGUGUCCAAAGAAAAGCCCAUAAGCUUUUGAUUUUUACCAUGUUUUGGCUAAACUCAUUAACUAGCUGGCACUAGAUAGAUAAUUAGUUAGCUGUUUCAAAUGAAUCCUCAUUCCUGAAUGACCUAAUGAUUAUGUUUAGCUAACGUUAGUUAUCUAGCGUUAUAGCUAAUCAGGUAGAAUAGCAGUGGCUACUAGGCUAACGGUAACUAGCUAACUAAACAUGUCUGACAUUCUGUGUUGUCCAUACUGGUUUAUAACUAACUGUAAUUUCACCUUGCCCACCAUAGACGUUUUCUUCGGAAACCCAAUGUAGCAGAAGCAAGUGAGCAGUUUGGUGAGUAGUUAAUGUUUCCAGGAAAAAAUUAUGAUGACUAAUAACCAUGUUGCCAACAUAUCAACAAUUUAUUAAUAUGUUCAUGUUUUCAGAUGAUGAUCCCUACUAUUAAGUACACCAUUUGCACAUUUCUGUUGAUUCUGUGGCUUGCAUCUCACCCAGUAUUUCUUCUUGGCUGCAGGUCAGUUGGCUAAAGAGCUGAAGCAGCAAGACUGCCUUCAGUAUGCAGCCUUCUGUGACCUUGCAAUGGCAAGGUAAGUCUUCAUCUCUAAAUAUUGCCCCCUAUUUAGACCAUAUUGUUUGCCCUUAUUAAUAUCAUACAGACAUGGGUAGCAUAGAAUGACUGAUCAAUAUUGCCCUUUCUCCUCCGUUGUCUGUAAAUAUCCUACAACCAACAUUAUAUCCUACUACCUAUUAUAUUCUAAAUUAGAUAUCUCACAUUACAAUAUAUAAUCUAUACCUAUUAUAUCCUACCUGAACCCACAGGUGUGAGCAGACUCUGUUCAAUGCUCCUGGGGAGGCCCUGGCCCUGACUGACGCUGCCCGGCUCUUCCUGCUCUCUGAGAAGGAGAACAGAGCACUACAAGCCCCAGGCUUCGACGAGCACCUGCAGGCCGCACUCAACUGCUACAGCUUCGCCAUUAAGGUAACUCUUCGAUCCUUUCUUUAGCAAAUCAAUCAAUAUCUAUUUUUCAUGGUCUAAAAAGACUACAAAUGUUUGACAUAAUAGAACAGUGAUGCACAAACAAGUCAUAAAUUAAAGGUCACGAACAGUCAGAAUCAUGUUUUUCACAAAAUGUGAUGAUAUUUGGAUAAAACCAGAUCAAAGUAUGAUGACCAAAGUAUGAAACAUGACUGUUGCUUCUACAUUGAUAAAGUUUGAUCAUAAAGUUACUGGUCUCCUCCCCCAUGUCAAACACUUGGAUUCAGGUGGCGGGAUUAUUAAGGGGAUAGGGGGACAUGACGUGUGUGACAUCACAUGUUUGCAGAGGGGCGUGGUUUAUAUACAGUAGCUAGAUAGCUACUCUACUGGUGCAAAAUUUGACUGUAGGGUGUCAGCAAAUGCAAUUAAAAGUUUACACUAUUCAUCUAUGGCAAAGAUACUUCCAUCUGUGUCUGGUGUUAGCUAGUUACUGGCUAGCUAGGUCUACAGCCAGCAUGGAACAAAAGGGGAGGAAGGGCAUUCAAAACUCUGACGCAGUUGUCAUGUCAACACACCCAUCAGUGCUGCUGUGAACUGCAUCACGAGACAUGGGAGAUGUCUUUUUUUUUUAUCACAUCAUUGAUGUCAUUUCAAUGUUGUAUUGAGUUGCUUUGUGUAUCACAAAUUUUGCUUGAGAUGAUUUUACUGCAACACUGCUCACUGCAUCCACGUUUCUUGCAAUAGGUGUUUCAAAGAGCUGUCAGUCAAAGCGAGCUCAUGAAGAUAAGCUUCCCGGCCACUCAGCCUGUCUUUUCAGACUUCCUGGUACUUAGCCAUGAGAGAAAGUAAUUUUCCUCAAAUGUUUAGCAUUUCUACCCCCAAAAAAUAGUAUGGGUGAUAGUUUAGUCAGUCAUGAGGCUAUUUUACAUGGGAAUCAGAAUGACUGUUUGGGACCUUUAAGAGUUGCUGCUGAUAAUGAUCCUGCCAUUCCAGGAGAACACUAGCCUGGUUAGACCAGAUGGAACUGACUGACGUGAAGUGAGACAAAAGUGAGCGCAGCAUUCAGUCUGGUUUAAACAGGCUUGGUGAACAACAGCUGUGAAAGGUAAAAUGAUCAAUCAGAAUAUCUUUAUUGGUUUUGCUAAGGGAUUUAAAUGAUAAUCUAAUCCAUUUUGGAUUAUUGUUGAAUCCAUCUGAAAUAACAGCUAUAAAGAGAUGGACCAAGCAUCUGGAGAAUUUACCGUACAUAAUAACAACCCAUUUUCCCUGGCCUUUCCACUAGAUUCCACUGGAGACAGUAGUAUAAUGCUGUGUUUUACAAAUGUGUUUCAGGUGUACAUUGAGAUGAACCAGCCUGUCAUGGCCGCCAGUCUAUCUCUGGAACUUGGCAAUGCCCUCAAGGUAAUGGACCAAACUGAUCACAAAAGAUAGAUUGGCAACGAUUCAUCUUCUAUGUCAGUCUGUGUAGUGAAUUAAGUUCAUAUGAACAGCCCUCUCUCGGUCUCUUUCUCUCUUUCGGUCUCUCUUUUUUAUUUAUCUUUCUGCUGUUCUCUCUCCCUCCCUCUCUCUUCCUCUCUCUUGUCAUCUUCUUCUAUAGGAGAUGAACAGACCAGGUGAGGCUAUAGUUCACUACCAGAGAGCAGCAGAACUACAGACACAGCAGCCCAUUGAGUCUCUGCUGUCUAUGGGAGAGAUGGCCACCUGCAAAAUACUCACCCGUGAGUACAGUGGCGGGAUGGGUGGGGGUUGAUGGGUCUGGACCAUAGGUGAAGAUUUGUGUUAUUCUUUGUUUUCAACUCAGUAUUGAACUCCGAGCCAGGAAACUGGGUUAUGGUAUGGGGAUUACCUGCAUGUGGUCCAGAUGUCAGUUGAAGUGUGGUUGUGUGCGUAUACAUGUGUUGGGGUCUAGAGUAUACCAGUAAGUUGCUUUGGAAAUUGAAUUUCUCCAGAGGAGUGCAAUGCAAUUUCAGAAUUUACUGGAAUUGAUAUGGAACUGACCCAAACUCUGGUGUGUGUGUUUGUAACCCUAACAACAACAGCAUGAUACUGUAAUAGGCAUUGUCUAUUCUCUAUGUGUAAGGUGACUAUGACGGCGCGCUGGCCGUGCUGACAGAGAUGCAGCUGAUGUGUCAGGAGAGGGGACUGCAGCUGCCCGGCUCCAGCACCCCCGUUGGUGAGGACAUAAUGGACUGGCCCAACCCUUGUGGCUAACUCAUCACUUCCUGUGUUAAAGCAGGAAGUUCAGGAAGUAUUCUGUAACUGAUGACACAUUCUAAAAUAAAUAUGAAUUUUUCCUUUCUUAUGCUUUUCCUCUGCUCAUUGUCUUCUUAGGUGCAUUUCUGGACGUUGUGGCCAAGUGUGAGAUUUCCAGAGUACUUUUGCUGAUGCUGCUUGAGGUAGGCACAGCAUAGAGACAAUGGUUGUUCCUUCUUAUUCCAUGACAUUUCACUUCACCUGUAUUCAAUUCCUUCCUACAAACACUUACAGAGGAUUCGUCACUGCUAAAUUGCGUUUUCUCUUUUAAAGCUGAGAAUUAAUGUUAAUGUCUUAGUUUUGCCAGACGUGACCCUCAUUGUUUUAAAUGGCUGAAUCUUCCACCUGUCUUUUGCAGCCUCCUCCCCAGAAGUUGUUGCCAGAGCAUGCCCAGACCCUGGAGAGAUAUGCCUGGGAGUCUUUUGACCCUCAUAGUCAGGGUAACUACACUACAGCCAUUAUUCUAACCUGACUGACCUGAAACACUCCUACACACAAUGCCACAACACUAGCAAAGUUGGGAUUGGGAACAAAAUUCAUAAUGAGCUUUAGAUUAUUUAUAUAUUUUUAUAUUUUUUAACAUAUUUACUAAACCUCUCAUUGUAGUGACCUUCCUACCUGAGAACGUCUUCCUGCUCCUGCAGUCAGUUGUGGUAAGUGACAUAUUUCCUCACUAGACUAUAUCACACAAAAUAGCUAUGUAUUGGCCCUUAAUGUCCGGGUGAGAAGAUCAAGUGUCUCACAUGAGGAUUAAUAAGAGCAUGAUUGUAUGACUGGGUCAACUUUAAAGCUAGAAUCCUUAGUUGCUACAUCCAUUUUGGGACUUAUAAAUGAAUGAUAUUGAUUCUUGAAGAAUAUAACUUAUAAAUGCUUCAUGAGCUUAGUUCAACUGUCGUACCCCAUCAGAACCCAAAAUAUAAACUUGUUUUACUCCAAUGUUAGUAAACAAUGUAAAUGUAAACAAAAACUGUACAGCCUAAAGACAUGGUUGAAGCUAUAAUGUUGAUAUCAUGGAUGGUCAGUCCUUGCAUCCAUAGCUCUGUUUAUGAAUUAGAGUGGUUAUGUUUCUCCAGGCCCAUCCGUCAGCGUUUUACAAAAACAAAGUCGGGGUGAUGCUUUGUUAUUGUUUUGAUUAAGGAUUCUAGCUUUAUGGUGAUUUAUAUUAGUGCUUAUGCUGGCCUUUCAAAGUCUUAACAGUCUAUAACAGUCUGUCACUGUGUUGUGGCAGAUGGCCUGCCAGGAAAAAGACACAGAGUCCCUCAAGUCUCUUCAACCUGAACUCUGGUAAGCAUAAAAAACAAAACAAAAACUCAGUCAUGUGGUAGCUAUUUAGCUGCAAUUCACAUUUAAAUUGAGUUUUUUUCCUUAUGAUUUUCUCAUGGAUAUCUUCUCUCUAAAUUAUUAAGAACAUGCAUACGGAAAAUGGACAAUAAAUUAUUCUUCAUCCCUCAGGCCUCUUCUCUCAGCAGAGCAGAACCACCUCCUUCACCUGGUGGUGCAAGAGCGGAUCACCCCCUCUGGACAGGGGAUUUAGUACAGUCCAGAUCAACUCACUACACCCACUCGGAAUGACACAUAAUGGAACAUUCCUGUCUCUGUCUUGGUCUGUUGUAGGGCCUCCUGAAUAAUGUUUUGGUGGGGUUGCAUUCACAACCACAAUGUUUUGCAUCUUUUUCUUUUUUUUUUUUAAUGUGUGAACCGGACCAAGCACGUCAUUGUGAUCUUACUGUUAUGCCUAUUAGUGGUCGCUGGAUUGCUCGUGGUCAAGUCUUGCACAAAGUAGUUAUUUAUUGGAAAUAUGUUGAAUAGAUGAAAUAUGAAUGGAAAAUAUGCUUUUUAUGUAGCGUUUUUAUUUUGUUAAUAAAUGGUAUAGUCUGAACAAACAUGGCUUGAAUUCCAAUGUAAUUACAAAAAUCCUCUACUGCAUUAUAAUAAAUGGUGAUAUUACAUAUACCGCAGUGACCUCCGUUCCUGGUUUACCUUUUUCACUUGUACAAAUUAAAAUGUACUUUGAUAUAGCAGCCAACCAAAACUCAGAAUCACA